CCAAUCGGGUGCCGGUUUGCUGCGGGGUGCUGGUGAAGAUGGCGGCGCUGUGCGGGCGGCUGCUGCGCUCCGGAGGGUGGUUUCCGCCCCAGCAGAUUGUUCGUCAUGGAUCCAAGGCCGUGACUCGUCACCGCAAACCCAUGCACUUCCUGCGUCAGAAGCUGCUGGCUGUCACACAAUACAUCCCGCCGAAGCCUGCCGUGCCAGAAAGAUGCAUCAAUCCAAGGAAGCGGGAAGUCCAAGAGCCAUCUGGUUUAGAAAAGCUCCUGCAGCGCGAUGUGGAAGUGACGUUCAGGGAGAAUAAAAUGAUUGCCGUUUUCCAGAGCAACUCCAUCACCUCCGAUGAGCUGAGGCUUCUUCGGCAUCGACUAUUGAAACACGACAUUCGCAUGAAAUUCUUCCCUAACCAGGUCAUGCGUUCAUAUCUAGCAGACACCAAGUACAAGAACCUGCUGCCCUUGUUUAUUGGUCACAAUAUCAUUGUUGUGAGUAAGGAGCCCAAAGCUAAAGAGCUCCUGAAGACCGUGCGCAGUACUACUCAGAUCAGUUUACUGGGGGCUUGUAUCGAAGAUGUACUUUUCAGCAGACAGGGAGUGGUUGACUACUCCAGGCUUCCAGGAAUGCAGAUCAUCCAAGGCGAGCUUGUGGGCGGCCUGACUCUUAUGACAUCUCAGACGUGCCAACUUCUACAGUCUGGCCCCAUGCACCUUGCUGCCCUAUUGGACCAGUACUUGAAACAGCAGAGUGAAGCUGCCGCUGGACUGAAGGAGACAGGGAACCUUGAGCAGGAGGGAAUACGGGGGAGUCAAGGAUCUUAGGACUGUUGGGCAUUAUCUGGGUGACAAAGUACUGUUCUCUCUGUUUAUUGGUUUAAAUGAAUUGAAGAAGAAAUAAAGCAGAGUGCUUGUUUAUGCUUGGGGACACAAAGGAUUGUUUAAUUCUUCGAAAGUAACAGUUUUUGCAGUACACAUUUCCCUCUUUCCAAAUGCAUUACUUUUAUCGUCUGUGCCAUUAUUAUUAAGAUUGACCUUCUUCAUUGAUAUAGAUUAAAACAGUUCCCAGAAUGUAUGAACAAAAGGCAAAGUUUGAAUAUAAUACAGUUAAAACUAAAUACAUGUUAUUAGCUCCCAUCUGCGUACGUUCAUUUUUCAGGUAUAACUUGAUCAGUGUUCCAGUCCCAAUUCAAAGAGGUCCAAUUGUGGAACUUGGCUCCACAAUUUACAUUGACUGGCUCUGCCAGUGUUAAUUUCCUCAGCUAUCUUGCUGUGGGAUGAAAAGAAAAGAAACUGAAAUUGUUGGAAAUGUACAAUCCAGCAUCUGUACCAGAACGUGAAUAUUUUUGUUUUGAAUUUUAUAAUGGAAUACUUCCCUCUCUCUCUCUCUCUCUCUCAGAGGAUUUCUGUGUAUUUUCCAGCAUUUUCUGUUUCUGUCCUAUUUAUGAUCCUGUUGGUCAAGGUGGGUGAGAUGUUAGGACACAAGUUAAGCAAAUGUGCUGGGCCAGCUUGUUUCACCACAUGUAUUCUGAAAUGACACUGUUGAAUUUUGCAUAGCCCAAUUGGAAUAAAAUACGAAAGCUAGAGAAUAUAACAAUCUUCUAAUACUGUUAAAUGUGUUGCAGACUAUCACUGCAAUCCAUGUUGGGCCUGGUUUGAUUGACAUUUUCAGAAUUUUGGAAGUGGAUUCUGUAUGGUAAUGCACAGCAGGUUUAAAAUACUAUAUAAGGCAAGCAGCAGUGCUGUAAGAUAAAAUAAUUUCUAUUAUGCACAUUAAUACAGUGGACUCCUGUGUACAUUUCAGUUUUACCAAUCAAAGAGUAGGACAUAGUUUGAUUCCUGCUCCAUGUUGAGUUUGCUGAUUUCAGCAGAGAUGUUAUAAUUGAAUUAAAUUUCUGCACUUGCCCCUCCCAGGCUAGAAGGAGAAAAAUGAGACACUGUUCUUGCUGGUGAUUUUUGUAUAUUAAGUCAUGCUCGUUAAGUGCCUAUGUAUGGAUGUCAUGUAACAAUAGUAAUCCACGACCUGCUGACACUCUCUUGACGUACACAGGAUAAAUGGCCACUUGGAACAGUGCUGCCAUUAGCUGAUGGUACAAGGUCGAGGGGACACAGGUUUAAAAUUUAGUGCAAGAAAUACAGGAGGGAAUGUGAGGAAGAAUUUUUUCACUCAGAGUGGUAAUGACCUGCACCUUGCUGCCUGCAAGAGUGGUGGAAGUGGAGAUGAUCAAUAAUUUCAAAAGGAAAUGUGAUAGGUGCUUGAGUGACAUAAACUUGCAGGACCACCAGGAUAGAGUGAGAGAAUGCAACUGACUGGAUUACUCUACCUGUACAUGCUCAGAUUUAGUUCUGGCAUGAGAUCUGAAUUCUAUACAUGAACUGGAAUUUGUGCCAUCCAUGUGAAAUAUGGAAGCUUGAAGGUCUACCGGAAGGCAAUCUGAUUCAUCAAAAAAGUUUGCUUUUCAGAUGUAGAAAAAUGCUCUUUAAAGAAUAUAUUAAUUUGUGGACUGAUUCUAUUCAAAUUAUUAUUUUAUUAAAUGUUAUGGUUUUUGUUGUGUUGACCUGUUUCUGUAUAAUUAUUUAACCUGUUAAUAAACCUGAUGAAAUAC